AUGGCUUCCAAUAGAAUGGCCAAAUCGCCAUCACCGAACACGGCACUCACCAAUGACAAUGAAGAUCACGGGAUAGAUAUUACUGCUUCAUCACGCAAGCAUGCUGGCUCAUCUUCAUCUUUGUCUAGUCUGACAAUUCCACAACGAGCAAAUACAACCGAGUCAUCACUUCUGAGACAAAGACUGCAACUGCAACAACCGCAAAGCGGCACCAAUGGCAAGCCGAUACCCCAAGACACAAACACACCAGUUGACUUUAACACCUCAUUCGAUCUACUCGAUUACAAAUCACUCACUUUAGAGAACAAAGGAUCAGUAGCCCGUGACCAUAUGGCCAACGAACGUACAUUCUUGGCUUGGUUGCGAACAUCGCUUGCAUUUAUAACUAUUGGCAUUGGAGUCACGCAAUUGUUUCGAUUAGAGAAACCAGGCACUAGGGUCCACACAUCUGAUCGAAUCAUCGAACUAGCCUCGGAUCACAAGAGCGAUGACUUGAAACGAUAUGGCAAACCUUUGGGAUCGAUAUUCAUAAUAUUGGGGAUAUUGACUUUGAUUAUGGGGUUUAGACGGUAUUUCCAUGUUCAACGGUUAUUAACCGAGUCUUAUUAUCCGGCAGCUAGAUUGGGCAUUGGAGUAUUGUUGUUUUUGAUCUUGAGUGUUAUUUUGGUGACGUUGGCCAUGAUUUUACAAACGUCUUUAUUGUGA